CCCGCGCAGUGCGCUGACGUGCUCGUCACGUGAUGUUUUCGCUGGGCUGUAGUGAUGUGUAGCCACCAUGAGUGAAGCGGGCAAAUAAAGAUUUAUCAUGGCAGCGAGCGAUGAUGGAGGCUCUGCGAAGAUGCAACGUCUCGUCGUGCUGAAUAAUCACCAAGGGGAAGCAUCGGAAAGCAGCACGGAUCACUCGAACGUGUAAUUGUAUCUGAGCGACGAACCCGCAGCCGACAAAAUGGGCCGUGCAUCAGCGUAAAGCGGAGGUAAAGUGACCUUUCAUCGCAUUGUCCCAUGGAAGAUCGGCCGCGUUUACCGAAUCACGGCGUCAUGUUGACACUGGAGGCACAGCCGCGGCGCGCUGUCACGAAAACGGCCGCGAUCUCUUGUGCUGCCGGGGAGCCUCCAUCCUCCUCCUCCUCCACCUCAAUCAAUAACAGCGGCUCCCGUUUGCCCAUGCACUUAACGGCCUCCUCUCAUUCUCAGCCUCAGAGGAGGUACCAUCCGCCUUACCACUUUAAAGUGCAUCAUCUGUUCCCGGAUGAGAACCCUCAGGAUGCUGUAUUGAGGAAGAACUUGCCACCGCUCCAGUAUAAAGUGCACGACUCUGCCUUCUGCCGCGUGCUGAGCACCGACACCACUGCUGCUGUCCUGGCCGCCGCCGCCGUCUGCUCCGGCGGUGUGGAUAGGGACAUAUGGAAAUGUGGCUAUCUCAGAAAACAGAAGCACGGCCACAAGAGGUUCUUCGUCUUGAGGGGCCCCAGCAACCUCGGGUCCAGUCGGUUAGAGUAUUACGACAGCGAGAAGAAAUUUCGAAACGCCCUCAAAGCUGCUGCCUCCGGUGUCGCGUGCCCUGCCAAGAGGGUGAUCUAUCUGUCCCAGUGUUUUACGGUGAACAAGAGGGCUGAUGCUAAGAACAAAUACCUCAUUGCCCUUUAUACUAAAGAUGAGUAUUUCGCAGUGGUGGCAGAGAGCGAACAGGAGCAAGAGGAGUGGUACUUGGCCCUCACCGAACUUAUGACGGAGGGAAAAAAGGGGCAGCUGGACAAUGACGAACUCGAUGACGGUUACGGGACGAUUUCGCCAGGUACCAUUUUCAAGGAGGUGUGGCAGGUCAACGUCAAACCUAAAGGCUUGGGUCAGACAAGGAAUCUAAUGGGCGUGUACCGUCUGUGCCUUUCCGCCAAGACUAUUCACCUGGUGAAGCUGAACUCGGAGACGCCGGCCGUCAACCUGCCGCUAAUGAGCAUUCGCCGCUGCGGCCACUCCGAGAGCUUCUUCUUCAUCGAGGUGGGCCGCUCUUCUUCCAUCGGUCCGGGUGAAAUCUGGGUGCAAGUCGAGGACUCGGUGGUGGCGCAGAACAUGCACGAGACCAUUCUCGACACCAUGAAGGCUUUAAAGGCCUUUCCUGACUUUAGGCCGCGGAGCAAAAGCCAGUCCUCCGGCUCGAAUCCCAUACCAUUUAUCACUACUCGCCGACAUCUCGGCAACCUUCCCCCAAGCCAAACUGGUCUGCAGCGCCUCUCCAGGACAGAUUCAGUUACGGGCACGCCACCUACAGGGAAAAAUAGAGGGCGGGGACAGCGCUACCGGACCUCCAGUGAGGGCGAAGGCACUCAGGACCGCCCUCUCAGCUCUGGCACGGGCAGCCUGGUGCACCUAAAUACCCCCGUUCUCAGCGUGGGCAGGGAAGAAAGCGGCAGCUGCUGCGCCCAUGGCUCACCAGGUUCGAGCCAGCACACCCGGUCCGCUUCACUUCCUGUGUCUCACUUCCUGUCUGCUACAAGCCCCAUCAGUGUGUCCAGCAGCAGCGGGCACGGCUCGGCCUCUGACACACACACUCGCCCCUCUAGCUCCUCCAUUUGUGGCUCCCCAAGUGACGGAGGCUUCAACUCGUCCGAUGAGUUCUGCCCCAGCCCGUGUGACUUCAGGUACUUUCACGCAAGUUGCACCACGCCCGAAUCCCACGGCAGCACUCCGCCCGUUCGAGAGGACUAUCGUCUGACUGAAUACAUGACCAUGGAUUGGCACAGAGAUGGGGCAAGGACUUUCGAGGAGGAGAGCAGUUACAUGGAGAGGACUUUCCUCAAGCUAGCACAUUCAUCCAAGCCGAAGCUUGGCGGCGGUUUGAGUAUCACACAGCAGAAAGCUACGCAAACCUCAUCCUCUUUAGACGAGUCGAGCCCGGUGGAGUCGAAACGACACCAGGUUUGCUCGUGCCUGCUGAAGUCAGCCUAUAAAUCUUACUCUGAAUUACAUCACCCAAACAAACCUGCCUUGCUCAGCUCUGAGUGUCAAAAGAAACUGCCAAAAGACGAUGGCUACACGCCCAUGUUCUACAGCAUUGCUCCCUCUCCGAAUGCAGAUUACAUCCCUAUGCAACCCCGAGCAAACCACCCCGCCACCCUGGACAUUCACCCCUGUUCCUCGCAGCAGGCGGACCGAUUUGGCUACAUGAUGAUGCUCCCAGGCGACAGCCCCUCUGGUAGAGAGCAGGUGGAGUAUGACGACUACAUGGACAUGUCCCAACUUACCGUGGCCGAAGGCUUUUCGCAGGCCUCGCCUGAAGGUCCAAAGACCUCAUACUUCUCACUCCCGCGCUCCUACAAAGCCCCGACACGAGAAAAGUGCGAAAAGAUGGAAUACAUUCCCAUGUCCCCAGCUGAGCCCUCAAGCCCACCUAGUCCCGGAGAGUACAUUCAUAUGGACUUCGGGUCCCGUCCAUCUCACGUCGCAGCUUCUCCAUCCUCCGUAAAUUCACCCUCCACUCCGCCGCCUUCUCAGCCAUGCUAUCGGCACUGUUGCUCCUCACCAGACCAUGACUGUUUGGGCCUAAACAUGGACAGCCUCCUGAAGGACCACCCUCCUCGACACUCGCUCGUAGCACCAUGGAACCCGCCCAACUAUGCCCGUCCCUUAGGGUGCUCCUUUGGGCAGGCAUCGACUAAUUUAGAUCCUGAAAAGACGCACGACGAAUGCGGAGAUGGUCCGUUGAGAACAAUGCAGCGCCUUUGUAUCUCCGAGCAUCUGCCAUUCGGUCAUACGGAUCUUAAGGUCAUCAGGGCGGACCCGCAGGGAAGGAGACGACACAGUUCGGAAACGUUCAUCCCCUCGCCUGCUUCUUUUAUUGGUGGUUGCGGAAUCAGGCCCUCAGCCAAUCAGAAUCUCCCCGAAGCUAGCAGAUGGCAAAACUCUAGCUCCUUCGAUAGUAUGUGGUCACACUCGGACGCCUCUCCCGACUCGGCAGCCCUAGCGACGAGCACCGCUAGCGGAGGGACGCCUCAGAACACCUCAUCCAGCUACCUCAACUACAUCGCUCUGGACCUGAGAGAAGUGCCCAGGGUCACACGCGACACUCCCCCUCCACACCCAGCUCACAGUAACCUCCAAGAGAGCGAUGCUUACGCUGGUAUAGACUUCUCCGUUUCGGGAGGACGUGCCACUGCCUCAAAAGAUUGAGUGACUCAAAUGCUGGUGCCCGGAGGGGAAUCAGGACACGGAGAAUCCACUGAACUCUGGAACGCCGAAGAGCAAGCCGCCUCCUCCUCCUCCUCCUCAGAC